AUGAAGAACAUCACAGUGCACCCUACGUUUUCCCGCGCUGGAGCUUCGAGCAAUGAGACAUACGAUCUUGCCAUCGCGCUGCAAUCCGGUGUACAAUUGCACGAGGCCUACGACGCCGUCACGGCCGUCAACCACACCAUGAUCGGCGAUCUAACCAGGGCGCUGUGGCCCCCGCCGAGGAGCCAGCCACUCGCUACGCCGACUGUACCACCCCUCUCCCCGAACUACAGCCUCGUUAAGGCGCACUUCCCUCUCGCCCGCACCGUCGACAACCUCCUCAAGAUCACCGUCGUCUCCGCGAAUGGCACCGAGCUCACCGCCUCCGCGCACCAGAACGCCCAAUUCUUCUGGGGGCUCCGCGGCGGCGGCGGCUCCCUCGCCGUCGUCAUCUCCGCAACGUACCGCCCGAACCCGCCGAUCCUCGCCGUAUUCCUCAAUUUCGCGACCCUAGGCACGAACGUGCCCUCUCCCGGCGCGCGCGACGUCUUCGGCGCGUUCAUCGCCGCCCAGGGCGCGCUCUACGACGCCGGCUGGGGCGGCUACGCCUACGUCGUCCCCACCGCGGCCGCGUGGAACUUCACCGCGUUCAUCAUCAGCCCGUCCGCGGACCUCGCCGCCGCGAACGCGAGCGUCCAGGCCUUCUUUGCCGCCGCGCGCGCGGCCGCGGCGCAGGACCCCGCGCUCGUCCUCUCCCGCACGACGAUGGUGCCGUGCGCGAGCCGGGAGGCGUGGUACAACGCGCUUGGGUUCAACUCGACGUCCGACGUCGGCCACGUCGAGAUCCCCACCGCGCCCGGCUGGCCACAGGAAGCUCACUUCGAAGAGCCGGACAUUGAGCGUUUUGCUCUUUCAGUCAAAGUACAUCUUUGUUUCUUCCCCAUGGCGAAAAAGAGCAGGAAGGUGAAGAUCCCAGACUCGUAA